CACCUUUAUCUCCCUCUCUUGUAAACACACACACCCACCUUUGUCUUUCUCCCUCACAUCCAAAAACAUUGAAACUACACCUGCAAAUCCAUUUUCUCUACCUACGGAAUAUAGAGGGAGAUCUAGAUUUCAACCAUUCUUAGUUCACUUAUAAUAUGAAAAAUGAUUAUUUGGAUACUGUUUGAGACAAAAAAAAAGUGUUAAAGGAGACUAAGGUUGUAACACAUAUGGAUGCUGAGAAGAGGUCAUUGAAGGAGACUAUAAUGGGUAGGAGAUCUUCUUCACCUCCAAUUUGUACAAAACAUCAUCAUUUGUUUUUCACCCAUUAGAUGAGUAACCAACUUCUUCUAAUGCUCCUUCCAUGGAUGAUCCUGAUGUAUGGAGACCACUAAAUCGAGAAACUUCAAAUUGAAGAUCUGCAAGAGCUAGUUGAGGAGGUACAAGAAAGGCAAAUCAAGAUAGUGUUUAAGCUUAGAGAUCUGCUACAAAAGGUGGAACAACUGCUCGUGGAGGGAGAACGGUUGCUUCUAGUAGAAUUAACUAAGGAGUAUGUGCUUCAACUAAUGGGAAAAAGGACACUGGUUCAGGAAAGUCAAACACGGGGAAAGAUGAUGUUGUUUUUUGCCUCCUUUAUUUUUCGAUUCAUAAGAAAAGAGAUGGGAGGAAGCGACAGUGAAGUAGAGAAAUCAGCACACAAGGAGAAGGAAAAGAAGAAGCUUCAGGCCUUAGCUCCAAUCGCUAAACCCCUUGCUGGCAAAAAACUCUCCAAACGUACCCUCAAACUCGUCCGCAAAGCUGCCGAACACAAAUGCUUGAAAAGAGGAGUCAAGGAGGUCGUGAAGAGCAUCAGACGCGGUAAUAAAGGGGUGUGUGUUAUUGCUGGAAACAUAACUCCAAUCGAUGUCAUAACUCAUGUUCCAAUACUAUGUGAAGAAGCAGAGAUACCAUAUGUGUAUGUGACAUCAAAAGAAGAUCUAGCAAAUGCAGGUGCUACAAAGAGGCCAACAUGCUGUGUUUUGGUGCUCCCAAAGCCAACAAAGGGAGAACUUGGAGAGGAAAUCCAGCAAAAACUCAAAACUGAAUAUGAUGAAGUUGCUACAGAAAUAACUUCACUUGCUGCAUCUUUGUUUUGAUUUUGAUUGAGAACACAAUUGUUUGUAUCUUUCCUUAUUUAACUUAAAUCAUGCACUUGAAUUUAUCAGUAUUAGUAUCAGUUGUUUAAAUUUGUCAGUAAGCCUAUCAUGCUAUU